GUAGAUGUUACCCUGAUUCCUUUAAAUCGUUUGAAACAUUUGUCAAUGUUUCAUAGCAAUUAGGUUUAGUUGAGUUAGUGCAAUAACAAUUAAGCUCGUACUAACUUCACGUAUCCAUAUUGUUGCGAGUACUCUUACAGAUGUGAAGCAGUCUCAUCAUUGAGCACUGCUAAUGCAGUGGAAAAGCACUUGAACACUUGUUUCCGAUUCGAUUAUGACGAGUAUAUUUCGCACAGUUGUGGCGCCGGCGGGAACGCAGUUUGCAGUUACUUUCUCCUUGAAGUGCUUUUUCAGCGUUUGUCCAAAUCUUAUGUUAGCGAAUGCGCACGUCUUCUUUGUACAUCUACGUCUAACGGAGCGGUCUUCCGUGUCUUACUCUCAGGCUUCGCCUGUUAUAACCUGUACUAACGUUAGCAGAGCACCUGAGCAAAACGGGUUUAGUGAGAUGCGUUGAACACAACAAUUUUUCAAUGUCCCAGUUACUGUGAUAGGUGCACGAAGGUUCGUUGUAAGCGGAUGAUACUUUGCUUCCCUCCACAGGUGACAGGUAAUGUGUGACACUGUUCUGAAAAUUAUUUUCUACAUGGUGGAUGCAGCAAAAAAAAAAAGAAAAGACAGUACCAUUUUCCUUCCUUAAGCAGUUUGUUGUUUAGCGUGAUCCGUGCUAAGUAACCGUUUGUGAAGUAGGCUGUGCAGAGCUUGUGGUACAUCAUUUCAAUUCUCUUUCUAGCAAUGGCUUCAUCGUUGGGCACCGCACAGAGAAGGCUUCGAAAAAAAGGUGUUUGAGAAUCAGAUGCGCUUGCUGAGUGAACUGAGGAGCUUGAGAGCACUUUUAGCAUGGACAAAAGCUGUUCAACAAAUCAGGAUUCCAGACGAUUGCCCGUCGCUACCAGCAGCAUCAGUGGAGGAGGUGUUCAUGUUUGAGAACUACAUAUCUGCGGGGGACAGUUUCGAAAAGAUUGUCUUGUACUUAUCAAGGUUCGGGGGCACAGACAUUCAAGACACUGUACGCACUAUCCUGAGGCAGCUCCUGGCAAAGAAUGCUGCGCUAAAAUUCAGCUGGAAGGGUUCACGUGGCCUGAAAGAAGCUUUUCACAAGUUGGAGAACACCGUCAAUCUAAUCAUGAGUUGCGUCAAGAAUACCUGUGACAGUGCUACCCUGAAAGACAUCAGUGCCGUAAUAAAGUGGUUGGUAGGUGCUCCAGACAGAGAAGGCGGCAGAAACCACCGACGUGUGGCCAUAGGAUCGUCUUCACACCGAUCGGAAAAUGAUCAAAAGGACGGUGACUCAUGAAGGAAUGCUCCUCAGACAGUGACAGCAGCAAAGGGGCAGCUGAACCUGUCAUUUUGUGAUACAUAACAGUUCUGUGCUAUGGGGAUGUGACUAUCACUGUUAUGUCGCUGUACAACACUGUGAUGCUUUGUUGUGCUCUGCAGUGAUGUAAGCAUUGCAACAGCUAAUUAUCUAGGAAUUUGUAGGAGUACUAGUCUGAAUGAAAAUUGGCAUGGGCAUGUACCCGGAAGAGGAGCUGUAAUUGAACAAUUGCAUUUGAAUAACUUGCAACAUAUUUUGUCAGGUGGGAGCUCUUAACAUGUUGGCAGAAUAAUUUUGGGUGUGCAUUUCCCUUGGACUUCUC